CCUGAACUCGCGGAGGUGAGGAUGGAGAUAACCGCCGUUAUACACGCGCUGGAGACGCGCGAGCAGGAGGCGGCAGUGCGCGCGCUGCACAGCUACAACACACAGAAGAAUCAGUGUUUCUCGUUUCCCUCAGAGGAGCAGGAGGACAGAGAGCGUCUGGGAGAGCUCCUCCUGUCCUUCCUGGAUCGUGACGUUCAGCCGUCCUGUCAGCUCGCGUGCUUGGAGACGAUCCGCAUCCUGUCACGGGAUAAAAGCAGCCUGGCUCCGUUCUCCAGUCGCCGCGCCAUACACACGUUUGCGCGCUAUGCGGCGCUGGCACCCGGCGAGGGGCUCGGCCCGCACGUCGCCGACCUGGACGUGAUCGUGGAGGCGCUGAAGUGUCUGUGCAACGUCAUCCUGAACAGCGUGGAGGCACAGGAAGCCGCCGCCCACCUGGGUCUCAUGGUGGGCGUGGCCGAGCGCCUGAAACAGUGCCGCGAGUCUCGGUGGAGCUCGGACGUGCGCUUCUUCGACCUGCGGCUGGCGUUCCUGCUCACGGCGCUGCGUCUGGACGUGAGGGCUCAGCUGGCCCAGGAGCUCAGGGGCGCUCGGCUUCUGGCCGACGCCCUCGACGCCACGCUCGGCCUGCGCUGGACCGACGCCUACGAGGUUUCCCGCUCCGAGGCGCAGGGGCCGAACGACCUGCCGCCACUCGGGAGGAGCGAGACGGAGAGAGCCAUGGAGAUCCUGAAGAUCCUCUUCAACAUCACGUACGACACGGGACGCCGCAAAGUCGACGAGGAGGAGGCGGCGACCUACAGACACCUGGGCGCCAUCCUGAGGCACUGCUUAAUGAGUACAGCCGAGGGAGAGGAACGCACAGAGGAGUUCCACGGUCACACAGUGAACCUGUUGGGGAAUCUCCCCCUGCCGUGUCUGGACGUGUUGCUGAUGCCCAGAGUGCAACUCGGCUCCAUCGAGUACAUGGGUGUGAACAUGGACGCAGUGAAGAAACUGCUGGAGUUCAUGGAGAAAAGACUCGACAGAGGGACGAAGCUGAAGGAGACGCUGCUGCCGUGCCUCAACCUGCUGACGGAGAGCGCUCGCAUACACCGGGAGACGCGCAAAUUCCUAAGAAUCAAAGUUCUCCCUCCACUGCGUGAUGUGAAGAACCGGCCCGAGGUUGGGAACGCCCUGAGGAAUAAACUGGUGCGCCUGAUGACCCACAUCGACACGGACGUGAAGACGUGCGCCGCCGAGUUCCUCUUCGUCUUGUGUAAAGAGAGCGUGUCCCGCUUCAUUAAGUACACGGGUUACGGGAACGCCGCGGGCCUGCUGGCGGCUCGCGGUCUGAUGCGGGGGGGCUGGGAGCCGGGACAUUACUCCGAGGACGAGGACAGCGACACGGAGGAGUACAGGGAGGCCAAGCCACACAUUAAUCCUGUGACGGGUAAAGUGGAGGAGGAGCAGCCGAACCCAAUGGACGGAAUGACGGAGGAGCAGAAGGAGUACGAGGCCAUGAAACUCGUCAGCCUCUUCGACAAACUCUCCAGGGAUCACGUGAUCCAGCCCAUGAAGCUCGGUCCGGACGGAACCAUGACCAAGCUGGAGCCGCACGAGCUGCACUGUCUCUCCCAGCAGCCGUUUGCCGAGCGCCAGAGGAACCGCGAGGAGGAGGAUCGGGAGGAGGAAGAGGAGGAGAACUCAGACUGAACACGCUCACACACACACACGAUCUUCAUUGUUAACACUGCUAAUAACGCAAAGCUAAAACUAACGCUAAUGCUAACUGUAACCUUUCAGCUGUGAGUGUUUUUAAAUAAAAGCUGCAAUCCUUUUUGUCCAAGUUUUCCUCAUGAGGACCAGCGAGCGUCACGUUAAAGUAAAGUUUUGUUUUUCCUCUGUAGUCAUCAAACUGGAAUAUUCAGUACAACAGCACGACCUCGAGUGUGAUAUUGCUUUUAUAUAACAGUUUCAUAAAAAACAUUUAUCAUCAACAGGUUAUGAAUUGUUUCUUUAUUUAACCAGUUAUUUUCCUGCUUCCGUGACUGGUGGAGCUGGUGACCGCUGGUGUAAUUAACAUGGGUGAGAGUGGUGUUAAACUCUUAGCG